CAAGAUUUAUUUAUUUUUCUCUCAAAUAAUAACAAAAUUAAUUUUUAUUUAUAAUUAUCAAAAAAUAAAUAAAAAUCUCUUUCUUUGCUUUUCUCAAGAUAGCUGCUGCUUUAUUGCUGAAGUUGAACGCUAUAUAUAAAAAUUCAAAAAAAACAUUUGUUUGUUUGUGUUCUUUAAAGUUUUCGUUUGAUUUCGUGAUUGCGGAUUUUUAGUCAUUGUUGCGAUGGGGAAAGUAGCGGUGGGUGCGGCGGCCGUGUGUGCCGCGGCCGUGUGUGCCGCGGCGGCGUUGGUGGUACAUCACCGGAUGAAGAGUUCGGGGAAGUGGGCCCAGGCUCAAUCUAUACUGAAAGAUUUCGAGGAAAAGUGCGGCACGCCGAUUUCGAAGCUGAAACAGGUGGCGGAUGCUAUGACCGUCGAGAUGCACGCCGGGCUCGCAUCGGAAGGCGGGAGCAAGCUUAAAAUGAUCAUCAGCUACGUCGAUAAUCUCCCCACUGGUGAUGAGAAAGGGCUGUUUUAUGCGCUUGACCUCGGUGGCACCAAUUUCCGUGUGCUACGUGUACACUUGGGUGGUAAAGAACACCGUGUCGUUAAGCAGGAAUUCGAGGAAGUAUCGAUUCCUCCUCAUUUGAUGACCGGAUCUUCUGACGCAUUAUUUGAUUAUAUUGCCGAAGCUCUUGCAAAAUUUGUUGCUACAGAAAGUGAAGGUUUACAUUUUUCACCCGAUAGACAAAGGGAGCUGGGGUUUACGUUCUCAUUUCCUGUUCGGCAAACAUCGAUAUCCUCUGGGAAUCUUAUAAAAUGGACAAAGGGCUUCUCGAUUGAAGAAGCAGUUGGUCAAGAUGUUGUUGGAGAAUUGACUAAAGCCAUGGAAAGGAUUGGCCUCGACAUGCGUGUGACAGCUUUGGUCAAUGACACAAUUGGCACAUUGGCUGGUGGAAGAUAUAACAACCCAGAUGUUGUUGCUGCUGUGAUAUUGGGUACAGGCACCAAUGCAGCUUAUGUAGAGCGUGCUCAUGCAAUUCCCAAAUGGCACGGUCUUCUACCUAAGUCUGGGGACAUGGUUAUCAACAUGGAGUGGGGUAACUUCCGGUCUUCUCACCUUCCAAUAUCAGAAUAUGACCAAGCACUGGAUACUGAGAGCUUAAACCCUGGAGAACAGAUUUUCGAGAAAUUGAUUUCUGGUAUGUAUUUGGGAGAGGUUGUACGUAGAGUUCUGUACAAGAUGGCCGAUGAAGCCGCAUUUUUUGGUGAUACUAUUCCGGAAAAACUGAAAAUUCCUUUCAUACUAAGAACUCCUCACAUGUCCGCAAUGCAUCAGGACACAUCUCCGGAUCUCAAAAUUGUGGCGACAAAACUAAAGGAUAUCUUAGAGAUAUCGAAUACCUCCCUGAAAAUGAGAAAAGUUAUUGUUGAGCUAUGUGACAUUGUUGCAACUCGUGGUGCCCGACUAUCGGCUGCGGGAAUUGCCGGCAUCCUCAAGAAAAUCGGAAGAGACACAUUGAAAGAUGGUGAAAAGCAAAAGUCGGUUGUGUCUCUAGACGGUGGAUUGUACGAACACUACACCAAAUUCCGUACCUGCAUGGAGAACACCCUCACCGAGUUGCUAGGAGAAGAAGUCUCCGAAAACAUCAUUAUCGAACAUUCCAACGAUGGUUCCGGCAUCGGGGCAGCCCUCCUAGCGGCUUCUCACUCACAAUACAUCGGAAUUGACGAAUCCUGAAGAUCAUUGAACUUAAAAAGUAAAACAUCGUAGAUCGAAGAAUCGAACUAUUGUGAUUUUUGUAUAUUUUUCAGCUGUUGCGAACUAGAGUUCGUGCUCGCAAAUCGUUUUUAAGUUAUGGUCAAUCCGGAGUGUAUAAUCAGGUAAUGGAUCAAAUGUAACGAGUGUCUGCUUGUAGCCGCUGGAAGCUUCAUCGCUGCAACUUGUCACUCGGCUCGAUCCGUUCACGUUCACGGUGUUUGAGGAUCAAUUCCGUAACACCGAUGUAUAAGUACCCGUCGAUGGUAGUUCGAUAAGGGUAUGUAAAACUCCAAUUUCGAGUUGUUGAUCUUUGCACAUCGAGAAUAAAAAGUCAUCUUACGGUUCAAA